UCCUUCACGACUCGUCUCCCGUUCCGUGUCCCUCCGGCGGAUCACCGUUGGCGAUGGCGAUGGCGGUGGCGAUCCGGUCCCUGGUCGCGGCGCUGCUGGCCGGCUGCGUCCUCCUCGCGGUGCCGGCGCCGCGGUGCGCGGUGACGGCGACGGACCACGUCGUCGGGGGCUCGCUCUGGACCAUCCCCACGAGCAGCGACCACUACAGCAACUGGGCGGGCAACAGGACCAUCUUCGCCGGCGACAACCUGGUGUUCAGGUUCGACGCGGGGAUGUACGACGUGGUGCAGGUGGGGCAGUGGGAGUACAAUCGCUGCUCGUGGGAGGACCCCUACUCAGACACCCUCAAGAGCAGCCCCGCCGUGUUCCACCUCCUCUUCGCCGACGCCAAUUACUACGUCUGCACCAUCGCCAACUACUGCUCCCUCGGCGUCAAGCUCUACGUCCAGGUCCAGCAGGCCUAACCACACACCUUCUCGCCCUGCAAUCUCUGCAGUAAUAAACUCCUCCUUUCAACUGCUACUAUUUUCUUCUAGUAUGUUACUCCAGUAAUGGAAUUGUACUUAGAUCGACAAUAAUGCAAGUGCAUAAUAAUGUGCAUGAUGAUGAUAAUGAUUACGAUGCCAGCCAGAAAACCUGAUUAAAAGCCACAAACAUGCUCUGCAAAAC